AGCAUCUAUCACUUUUAUGCCCAAAAAAGAAAAAACAAAGCAGCAUCUAUCACUUAUUAUCUAAAAGAACAAGAAAAAAAAUCUCCUAAAUGAGAAACGAGAAGCUUUUCGGUGUCUUACUCGUCUUCUUCUUCUGCUUUGAAAUCAGCAGAGGACAGAACAAUGGCAAAACCCUAGUCAAUGUCGGUCUUGUAACAGAUGUCGGUACUUCACACUCGGAGGUUGCCAUGCUCUGCAUCAACAUGUCUCUUGCCGAUUUCUACUCUUCUCGUCCCCAAUUUCAGACAAGGCUUGUUGUCAACGUCGGUGACUCCAAAAGUGACGUCGUGGGUGCUGCAACUGCAGCUCUUGAGCUGAUAAAGAACAAGCAAGUGAAAGCAAUUUUGGGGCCACGGACAUCUAUGCAAGCUCAUUUCUUGAUCGAAAUUGGCCAAAAAUCCCAUGUUCCUGUCGUUUCUUAUUCUGCAACAAGCCCAUUUCUUAAUUCCCUUCGUAGUCCAUACUUCUUUCGUGCUACGUAUGAAGACUCCUCUCAAGUGGAAGCCAUAAAAGCCAUCAUAAAAUUGUUCGGGUGGAGAGAAGUUGUGCCUGUUUACAUCGACAACACCUUUGGAGAAGGUAUAAUGCCUCGUCUCACCGAUGCAUUACAAGAUAUUAAUGUCCGGAUACCUCAUAGAUCCGUUAUCGCUCUCAAUGCCACGGAUCAUGAAAUCUCCGUGGAGCUUCUUAAGAUGAUGACCAUGCCCACAAGAGUGUUCAUUGUCCACAUGUCCUCUUCUCUAGCCUCAAGAUUCUUCAUUAAAGCAAAGGAGAUUGGUUUGAUGAAAGCAGGAUAUGUCUGGAUCCUUACCAAUGUUGUUAUCGAUGGCUUAAGGUCGAUAAAUGAGACGGCUAUUGAGGCUAUGGAGGGGGUAUUGGGUAUUAAAACUUAUAUUCGAAAAUCCAAAGAUCUUGACAAGUUUAGAUCUCGAUGGAGGAAGAUAUUCCCACGGUUGGAGCUGAAUGUCUAUGGAUUGUGGGCUUAUGAUGCUACCACUGCAUUAGCCAUGGCCAUUGAAGAAGCUGGAAUAAAUAACAUGACUUUCAGUCAUGUGGUGGAUACGGGGAGGAAUGUUUCUGACCUUGAAGCUCUUGGUUUAUCUCAAUUCGGUCCAAAGCUUCUCGAGACGCUCUCAACAGUUCAGUUCAAAGGACUUGCAGGAGACUUUCAUUUUAUCAGCAGGCAACUUGAACCAUCGGUGUUUGAGAUUAUCAAUAUGAUCGGAACUGGAGAAAAGUCGAUAGGAUUCUGGACGGAGGGAAAUGGUCUUGUGAAGAAACUAGAUCAGCAACCAAGUAGCAUGAGCACUUUAUCUACUUGGAAAGAUCAUCUUAAAUACAUUACAUGGCCUGGAGAGGCUGAUUCUGUUCCGAAAGGAUGGGAGAUCCCGACCAAUGGGAAGAAGUUGCGCAUUGGAGUUCCCAAGAGAAUCGGUUUCACUGAUCUCGUGAAGGUCACAAGGGAUCCUAUCACCAAUUCAACUGUAGUCACAGGUUUCUGCAUAGAUUUUUUUAAGGCUGUGAUUCAGGCAAUGCCUUAUGACAUCUCUUAUGAGUUCAUUCCUUUUGAAAAACCUGACGGUAAACCAGCCGGUAAUCACAACGACUUGGUCCAGCAAGUGUACCUCGGGAGAUAUGAUGCGGUCGUGGGAGAUACAACCAUACUGGCGAAUAGGUCCUCUUACGUUGACUUCACUCUCCCAUUCAUUAAAUCAGGUGUUGGAAUGAUAGUCCCAAUGAAAGACCAAGUGAAAAGAGACAAAUUCAGUUUCUUGAAACCUUUGUCAAUCGAACUAUGGUUGACAUCCUUAGUCUUUUUCUUCCUUGUUUCAAUCUCUGUUUGGACUCUUGAACAUAGGGUUAAUCCGGACUUCCGUGGACCGGCUAAUUACCAAGCUAGUACCAUCUUCUGGUUUGCCUUCUCUACCAUGGUUUUUGCUCCAAGAGAGAGAGUGUUUAGCUUCUGGGCGAGGGCCCUGGUUGUCACAUGGUACUUCCUCGUUCUUGUGUUAACUCAGAGUUACACAGCCAGUUUGGCGUCGCUUUUGACAUCACAGCAACUACAUCCAACCAUAACCAGCAUGAGUAGCUUGCUUCAUAAAGGAGAAACAAUCGGUUAUCAGAGAACAUCCUUCAUCCUUGGAAAGCUUAAUGAAACAGGUUUCCCACAAUCUAGCCUUGUGCCCUUUGAUACCGCAGAAGAAUGCGACGAGCUUCUGAAAAAAGGAUCAAAAAAGGGUGGUAUCUCUGCAGCUUUCUUGGGAUUACCUUACUCGAGACUCUUUCUUGGACAAUAUUGCAACACUUAUAAAAUGGUUGAAGAACCCUUCAACGUUGAUGGAUUCGGCUUUGUUUUUCCAAUCGGAUCACCUCUGGUGGCCGAUGUUUCAAGGGCCAUCUUACAAGUAGCAGAGUCUCCAAAGGCAAUGGAGCUCGAGCACGCAUGGUUCAAGAAGAAAGAACAAAGUUGUCCUGAUCCAGUUACCAAUCCAGAUUCAAAUCCAACUGUUACCGCUAUACAGCUCGGCUUAGGCAGUUUCUGGUUUCUGUUUCUUGUUGUGUUUGUUGUCUGCGUUCUAGCACUCGGAAAAUUCACAUUCUGUUUCCUAUGGAAGACAAAAGGGAAUGAUUUGUGGAAAGAGUUUCAAGAACGAGACACCGACUCGUACAUCAACCACGUAGAGAAAUGUCCGUGUUCAUCAAGUCGACAGAUGCCUGAGAACAGCAAUAAUGCCACCAACCAGACAGACAACGGUAAUGAGUUAAGAGUUAGGAACAAGGUGGAAGUCAGCAGAGGACAGAACAACGGAAGAACCAAAGUCAAUAUCGGUGUUGUAACAGAUGUUGGAACUUCAUACUCGGACGUUGCCAUGCUCUGCAUCAACAUGUCUCUAGCCGAUUUCUACUCUUCUCGUCCCCAAUUCCAGACAAGGCUUGUCGUCAACGUUGGCGACUCCAAAGAAGACGUCAUCGGUGCAGCAUCUGCAGCUAUUGAGCUGAUAAAGAACAAGAAAGUGGAAGCGAUUUUGGGGCCAUGGACUUCAAUGCAAGCUCAUUUUUUGGUUGAGAUUGGCCAAAAGUCACGAGUUCCGAUUAUUUCCUACUCUGCAACAAGCCCGUUUCUUACAUCUCUCCGCAGUCCAUACUUCCUUCGUGCUACAUACGAGGACUCUUCUCAAGUAAACGCCGUAAAAGCUAUUAUCAAGUUGUUUGGCUGGAGAGAAGUUGUACCUGUUUACGUAGACAACACGUUUGGAGAAGGUAUAAUGCCUCGUCUCACCGAUGCAUUACAAGAGAUUAAUGUUCGAAUACCUUAUAGAUCUGUUAUCGCUCUCAAUGCUACGGAUCAAGAUAUCUCCGUGGAGCUUCUUAAAAUGAUGACCAUGCCCACUAGAGUCUUCAUCGUCCACAUGUACUCUUCUCUUGCCUCAAGAGUCUUUCUUAAAGCUAAGGAGAUUGGUUUGAUGAAACCAGGAUAUGUAUGGAUCCUUACCAAUAGUGUCACCGAUGACUUAGCUACGAUGAAUGAGACGGAUGUUGAGGCUAUGGAGGGCGUACUUGGUGUUAAAACUUAUAUUCAGAAAUCCAUAGAGCUGGACAAGUUUAGGUCUCGAUGGAGGAAGAGUUUCCCACAGAUUGAGCUGAGUGUCUAUGGAUUGUGGGCUUAUGAUGCUACCACCGCACUAGCGAUAGCUGUUGAAGAAGCUGGAAUAGAUAACAUGACUUUCAGUAAUGUGGAUCUUGGAAGGGAUGUUUCUGAACUUGAAGUUCUUGGUUUAUCUCAAUACGGUCCAAUGCUUCUCCAGACACUCUCAACAAUUCAGUUCAAAGGACUGGCCGGAGAUUUUCGUUUUGUCAACAGGCAGCUACAACCAUCGGUGUUUGAGAUUGUUAAUGUAAUCGGGACAAGAGAAAGGUCAAUUGGAUUUUGGACGGAAGAAAAUGGUCUUGUGAAGAAACUUGACCAAGAACCACGUAGCAUAGGUACUUUAUCCACUUGGCAAGAUCAUCUUAAGCUUAUAAUAUGGCCUGGAGAGGCUAAUUCUGUUCCCAAAGGAUGGGAGAUCCCAACGAACGGGAGGAGGUUGCGCAUUGGAGUUCCAAAGAGAACCGGUUACACCGAUCUUGUGAAAGUUACAAGGGAUCCUAUUACCAAUUCACCAGUAGUUACAGGUUUCUGUAUAGAUUUCUUUGAGGCUGUGAUUCGAGCAAUGCCUUAUGACAUCUCUUACGAUUUCAUUCCUUUUGAAACUCCUGACGGUAAACCAGCUGGGGAUCACAACGCUCUAGUAUACCAAGUCUACCUCGGGAAAUAUGACGCGGUUGUGGGAGAUACGACUAUGCUGGCAAACAGAUCCUCUUAUGUCGACUUCACAUUUCCAUUCAUUAAAUCAGGUGUGGGAUUGAUUGUUCCCGUCGAAGACCAAGUAAAAAGAGAUAGUAUUAGUUUCUUGAAGCCUUUAACAUGGAAACUGUGGAUGACUUCAUUUCUCUUCUUCUUUCUCAUUGGAUUUACUGUUUGGGCUGUUGAACAUAGGGUUAACCCGGACUUCCGCGGACCACGUAGGUACCAAGCUAGUACAAUCUUCUGGUUUGCUUUCUCUACCAUGGUUUUUGCUCCAAGAGAAAGAGUUUUCAGUUUUGGAGCUAGGCUUUUGGUUAUAACAUGGUACUUCAUCGUGCUCUUGUUGACUCAAAGUUACACGGCCAGCUUGGCGUCCCUUUUAACUUCACGACAACUUGAUCCAACCAUAACUAGCAUGAGAAGUUUGCUUGAGAAAGGAGAAAAUGUGGGAUAUCCAAGGACAUCAUUCAUCUUUGGAAAACUUAAAGAAGCGGGUUUCACUCGAUCCAGCCUCAUACCCUUUGAUAGCGCGGAAGACUGCGACAAGCUUUUGAGAAAAGGAUCUGAAAAAGGGGGUGUCGCUGCAGCUUUCUUGGAAGUACCCUACAUGAAGCUCUUUCUUGGACAAUACUGCAACGCUUAUCAAAUGGUUGAAGAACCCUUUAGCGUUGAUGGAUUCGGCUUCGUUUUUCCGAUUGGGUCACCUCUGGUUGCUGAUGUAUCAAGGGCCAUCCUAAAAGUGGCAGAAUCACCCAAAGGGAAGGAGCUUGAGCUCGCGUGGUUCAGAAAGAAAGAAGAAACAUGUCCGAAUCCAGUCACAACCGCAGAUCCAAAUCCGUCUAUUUCAUCGAGGCAGCUUGGAGUAGACAGUUUCUGGGUUUUGUUUCUCAUUGCUUUCCUAAUGUGUGUUUUCACCCUUGGAAAAUUCGGUUUCUUUUUUGUCAAGGAUAAUCAGGGUAAUAGUCUGUGGCAAGAGUUUCAUGAACCAGAUGAAAUCUCGUAUAUCAACAACGUGGAGAAAUGUCCGUGUUCCUUAAACCAAGAAGCGCCUGCUGCUGAAGAUGUAGUAAACCCACCUGCUGAUGAUAUUCAUCAAGACACAAGGGAGCAACUAUAAUGUUUGAAUGUCUCAAGACUCUUUAAUUUAACAAACAAAAAGGCGUGUGUUUUUAUGUAUAAGAUGAUGAAAAUAACUAUUUUCGUCGAAG